UUCAAAAUGUUGUCCACCGUUUCAUUUCUAUUACUAAUAGUCAUCUUGCUGCUGGAAAUCAUAUCCCCUACUUCAGCAAUCGUUGGAGGAUAUCUAGAGGAAAUCGAAACUACGCCAUGGAUGGUGUCAAUUUCAGUGAAGAACGUUGGUCUCGUUUGUGGUGGUGUGAUUGUUUCACCUCGUUUGAUCCUCACAGCAGCAUAUUGCGUUUUCCGCCAAAGCCCAAUGGAUCUCUCCAUCAGGGUGGGUUCGAAAUUUGCGGACAGAGACGGUUACACAUUGUAUCCAGAAAGCAUUAUCAUUCAUAACUACUUCGAUGCAUCUAGCAAGGAUAAUAACUUGGCGUUGUUGUGGAUGUCGACAGCGUUUCGGGAAACCAAUUCCGUGUCUCCCAUUAAGGUAAAAACGAACGCGGAUUAUGUGCCCGUUGGGACACAGUGUAUGAUAUCCGGCUAUGGUCGUACAGAUACAUCGAAUGCAGUAUCUUAUAGUGGUCUCAGAAGUGCGGUAAUUAAAACAAUGAACCGUGAAACAUGCACUCAGAGAUUGUACCCAUGGGUUAUCACAGACACGAUGAUUUGUGCCAGCGCAAAUGGAGAAGACGGGUGCGAUGGAGAUGCCGGGGGUCCAUUGAUUUGUGCUGGUAAACUUAGUGGAAUAAUGUCCUGGGGCAAAGGAUGCGGUCGUGAAGGAGGAAUUGGAAUUUACGCCGAUGUGGGUAGCGCAAGAAGGUGGCUGACUGAUCAUGGAGUACCAUAAGCAUGAGCCUGCGGACGCCUAUCGACGCCGAAACACGCAGAAUAAUAUCAUAUGGUUGUAUCGGUACAUAUAUUGAAGAUAGGGGUUAUGAAUGAGAUUUUGAGAAAGUCUACUUUUCAAGAUGUUACUAGAGAAUGAUUCGUAGUCAACGAUAUUAAGAAAAUUAUUUUGAGCUUUUUAGUGGAAUGUCUUGAAUGUUUGUUUGAUAAAAAAUUAAGAAAAAGAAUCAAUUCUGAUCAUAGAGCUAUUUUCCAUAAGACAAUCUUCUCUAUAUAAGGUACACUGGGGGAAGUGGAAAAGGAAAAAUCGAUAGUGCAUGUUUGAAUUAGUGUAAAACCAGUUUAAAUGAUCUAAAUGGAUUCAAUCAAAAUGACCUAUCAAAAACAGUCAAUUUUGCACCAACUGUGCGGUAAUUCAUA